AUACAGCCUGUGACAUGGCAGGAGGAUGCGCGUGAAAGCUCGUGAAUGCAGAUGUGACACCUCCUUCUCAGCCGCAUCCUUGGACCCGACCGACUGCCGAGCUACAGUACAGCUGUAUGUAGAGCCCGAAAACCAACAACAACGGCGACCGGAUAUAGAGACAAGAUUAACGGAACAUAUCCGAGAAGAUUAACACACAGGCGAUCUCAGCACCUCGACAGACUCAUACCCUCCGGAACACGUCUGAAGAUCAAGAAAUCUGAACCCAAAGGAUGUCGAGCUUGAAGUUUUGUCGGGACUGCGCGAAUCUUCUAUAUCCCCGAGCUGAUAAGGUCCACAAAGUCCUCACGUAUGCCUGUCGGAAUUGCGUUUACUUUGAAGAAGCCGCUCAGACUGAGGAAGAACGUGGCGAGAAGUGGCUGGUCUACCGGAAUGAUCUGAUGGCCGAGUCCAAAGAGAGCGCCGGUGUCACUCAAGAUCUCCACACCGAUCCCACCCUGCCCAGGUCAAGAAUCACCUGUCCACAUUGUGAACAUCGGGAAGCAGUAUUUUUCCAAGACCAAUCGAAGCGGAACCUCACAACCAUGACAUUGUUUUAUGUCUGUACCUCUUGUAAUAGAACCUUUCAGGAUCCGAUGCUCGAGGGAACUAGGACCUGAUGAUCAAAGUCUCAUCGUACAUGUACUAAUGCUAUCUCAACUUGGUUCCUUCUCUCCGACUAAUACAUCCCAUCUCGAGUCGGUAGGUGAGGCAGUGAACUUUCCGGUUAUGUAUCCUGUCUUUGCAGUCCAUCUGGAUUCUUGGGCGCUUCAGUCACGCGGUUGCACAACAGCGGUUUCUGACACGUUUGCAAAGCAAAGUGUGGAGGGGAAAUCAUCAAAAACAAUUGAUCUGAUUAUUUUUCGAGGUGUCCCCGACACGUUGAGUCAUCCUGG